UACCCACGGUCAGCGUUAGAUAGUAACCUGUCGCACACCUGUGCGGCCAAGCGGGCCGAGGCAUGGCGCUAUCGCGAAAUGGUCGAGGUUGUGGACUUUGAAAGCUAAGCCGUGUUAGAAUCUGACGCGGCAUCUGGAAAGUUGCUCAACCUCUCUGUGUAAGCUACAAUACAAGUCACUCACACACGGCUAUUAGUUGAGGAAGGAGAGGCGUGUGAAACUCCCAUGCCCCACAAUGCGAUUUUUAAUUUAAACGUCGGUGAACUCGUCGCUCUUUUCCUGAUUUGUUUCCGUGUGUCUGUGUGGAUACAGUCAACGGACGUCGCUGGCUCUCCGGGCACCUGACCCCCUUCUGCGCUUUACUGGCAAGAGAAACCGGCUGUGAUUUUGCACAGGUGCCGCGGCUUUGGCAAAGAUGAACCUGCCUACAGAAAUCGGCGUCUUUCUCCUCUCGCUGUCUUCCCUGGGGGUCAUUUAUGCCAUGAACAACAUGCCAUCCCUCCAAGAUCCUGUAUCCAUCCUGGGAAUCGGCGCGGCUGUCCUGGUGAUGCUGUAUGUUCUGGUUUACUAUUCAGUCCGCAAUAAUUCACCCAAAGACCCCCUCUUCUAUGUGUUUGCAGUGUUUUCCUUCACCUGCGUCAUUGAUCUCAUUAUCGCUGCAGAAGAGGACGGCUAUGUGUCUGGGUUCAUGGAGUUCUACAUGAAGGAGGGGGAGCCCUAUCUGCGCACAGCCUUUGGGAUAAUGAUGUGCUACUGGGACGGCACAGUGCAUUACUUCCUCUACCUCGUCAUGGUGAGGAGAGUGGCGAACAAGCAGCCGUACCGCGGCGUGGGGCUGUUCUGGAUAGGCUCCCUCCUCGUCAACAUGAUCGUCUUCGUGCCAGGAAUCGUCCUUGGGAAAUACGGUUCUGAAAUUCGUCCGGCCUUCCUGCUCAAUGUGCCCUACGUGCUUGUGCCCAUGUGGGCGGCGAUCACACUGUUCCACCGGCCCAGGGAGCUGCCCAUUAUCCCAGCAGAUACGAUUGCAGCAGAACAGAGAAAAGGGCUUCUCCACCGCCCCCUGGACAUGAUACUGCUGCUCUUCCUCCUGUGGGCCAUGGUCAUCGCCAUCUUCAGGGGCUUUGUUGUUCUUGAAUGUCCCCUGGACUUCUGUUUUACCUACAUCUAUCAGUAUGAGCCUUACCUGAAGGAUCCAGUGGUCUUCCCCAAGGUUCUGAUGCUGUUGUACCUGUUCUACGGCCUGCCAAUGCUUGCUGUGUUCACCUACGGGCUGGUGAAACCUGGCUGCACCUGGAUGCUGGACUGGACACUGUUCUUUGCAGGAGGAGUAGCUCAGGCCCAGUGGUCCCAUAUUGGCGCGUCUCUGCAUCCCAGAACCCCCUUCACGUACCGGGUCCCAGAGGACACAUGGUGGCCUGUGCUGCUGCUCAACCUGCUGUUUGCUCUGGGGCCCCAGCUGCUGGCUUGGCGCUGCCACCGGCACCCCGAGUUCUUCAUGAAGAAUGUGCCCCAGGGGCAGACCAACCAGGAGAAGAAGCAGAAUUAAGACCUUGCCAGCUGCCCACUGUGAUACUGGACCGCCAACGACACAGCCCCCCCCCACCCCCCAGCACUGCUGAGACCGCUGUGUCAUACUGAGUGAGAAUAACUCCACUGACCCCCAGAGACUGUGAAAGGACGCUCAUGUGACUCGAACACCCCACUGGACUGAGCAACUCAAUUUGUGCCACAAUCACAUCUUGGCAUGUGAGACUCCUGGACUAAUAAAGCUUCGCUACCCCUGACCUUGGAACUCAAUUAAUGCAACAAUACAGCUCCCCCGGACUUUCUGAAUGAGCUCGCAGCUCGCUCUCGCUGCGCUGAGAAGCCUGAAUUGCAGCUGGCGCUUUCACCUCCCCCUCGUCAUUGUGUAAGUGAAGUAAUACGGAAUGACAUGGCUCAUUCUGCCUCCUGAGCUUUGAACCCGUGCUGAUGCAAUGACUCAGCUCUGGACUGUGAAACUGAGAUUGAUGCAAUAACUCUCCUCCUGGGGGGAAAACAAAAGAGCAACGCGAUUAAGACCGCUGCAGCAUUCUAGAAUUCUGAUCACAGGGUUCAUAAAAGUACCAGGAGUCUUCCUGCCACAGAAGGGAAGGAACAGCUCCUAUUCAACCAGUAAGGAUUUGUGAUGAGGAUGAUGAUGAUGAUACUGGACAACAGUCCUGUUCAGGCUGCUGCCCCCAGGACAAAAAAACAAAAAGAGAGGUGUUGAGUCUGGACCUUGGCAAAACAAAAACUCCCCCGAACAGGAGCUCGCAGUGAAGCAUUUUUAUGCAAUUAGAAAAGGUCACUUUUUGGGUUUCUGAGAUUUUAACUCUAUGUUAAGCAAUCAGACAAGUUAGUUAAAAAAAAGUGCACGUAUUGAUGUCUGUCUGCCUCCUUUCUCAUUGAAGUUUCAUAAAGUUUCAGUUUCCAUA